AUGACAGGCGGUGCAAUGGCGUCUCAAGGCGCUGCUGCCCAUAGAAGAGCGCAACUCACCGGCAAGACAGGCAUCAGUGCGUUGAUGUCGAACAAGACGGCCUUCGGGGUCGCGAUGUUCGCCUCCAUACCGUUCGUUUACUUCUUCAUCCCGGAGACUCGCGGCAAGACCCUCGAAGAGAUGGACGCAGCCUUUGGUAGUCACACGAGCGAAGAAGACAUGGCGGCGUUGGCACAAGGUCAAGAACAGGUCGGAAUUCCUGCGCUGUUAGAUGGAUCUCAGCCGGAGAGAGGUCUUGAGAAGGAAGCAAGGGGAGAGACGAUACACGUCGAGGCGUGA